AUGCGCUCGGUGAUGAAGGGCAAAGAUGCGCUGGUCAUCAUGCCCACAGCCGCUGGGAAGUCCGUGUGCUUCCAAGCACCUGCCCUGCUCUUAGGUUUGACCUUAGUGAUUUCGCCCCUGCUGAGUUUGAUGCGAGAUCAAGUGAAAGGUCUCCAGAAACGAGGCAUUGCUGCGGCGCAUCUGGGGAGUGACAUGGAGCCGCGAGAAAAACGAAAUGUGUGGAAGCAACUUGAGUCGGGGAAGCUGAAGUUGCUCUACGUCUCCCCAGAAAGAUUGGACAUGAGAAGUUUCGUUUUGGAUCUCCAGCAGCUUCGUUACAAAGUGCAACGCCUGGUGGUGGAUGAAGCCCAUUGCGUCAGUGAAUGGGGCCAUGAUUUCCGGGAAGAGUAUCGGAAGAUCGGCCUCUUCGCCUCCGAGCUGCAGCUGCCGGUCCAGGCCUUCACGGCCACGGCCAACGAGAAGACCCAGCGCGACAUCAAAAAACAGCUGGGUUUGGUGAACCCGGCAUGUCAUUUGACGCAGCAAGCGAGACUGAAUUUGCACCUUGCGAUCCGUCAGGUGAAAUCCAGCAAAAUGGCCUUCAACUCGGUUCUCACCGAGUUGCAACAACAUCCGCUCGAAGCUGGAAUCAUUUUCUGCUCCUCCAAGAAAGCGGUCGACCAGUUGUAUGACAAGCUGCGACAAAAUUCUUGGCGGUCCUCUCACCGGGUGGGCAAAUACCACGCAGACUUGGAAGAUGAUGAGAGGACAGAGGUGUCCAUGAAGUGGCAAGAAAAAAAGCUAGAUGUGGUUGUAGCCAGUUGCGCCUUUGGCAUGGGCAUUGACAGGCCAGAUGCGCGCUUCGUGAUCCAUGUCGGCUUGCCCAACAGCACCCCGACGUCAUCGAUCGGCGCGGCGCGUGGUUUUUUUGGGUCGUCAGGGUAG